AUGUUGUCGGUCGCUGCCCGCUCGGGCCCGUUCGCGCCCGUCCUGUCGGCCACGUCCCGCGCGGUGGUGGGCGCGCUGCGGCCCCUGGGGCAGCCCGCGCUGCCCGCCGCCUCGGAGCCGCUGGUGCUGGACGGGAAGCGGCCCUUCCUCUGCCGGGAGUCGCUGAGCGGCCAGGCCGCGCGCCGGCCUCUGGUCGCCGUCGUGGGCCUCAACGUCCCUGCUUCGGUUCGUUAUUCCCAUACAGACGUCAAAGUGCCCGACUUCUCUGACUAUCGCCGCGCUGAGGUGUUAGACAGCACAAAGUCGUCAAAGGAGAGCAGCGAGGCCAGAAAGGGUUUCUCCUACUUGGUGACCGCGACGACGACAGUGGCCGUCGCGUACACUGCCAAGAAUGUCGUCUCCCAGUUUGUCUCCAGCAUGAGCGCCUCUGCGGACGUGUUGGCCAUGUCGAAAAUCGAGAUCAAGUUAUCUGACAUCCCGGAAGGCAAGAACAUGGCUUUCAAGUGGAGGGGCAAGCCCCUGUUUGUGCGUCACAGAACCAAGAAGGAGGUUGACCAGGAGGCCGCAGUGGACGUGUCCCAGCUGAGGGACCCACAGCACGAUUUAGAACGAGUGAAGAAACCUGAGUGGGUCAUCCUGAUAGGUGUUUGCACACAUCUUGGCUGUGUGCCCAUUGCAAAUGCAGGAGAUUUUGGUGGUUAUUACUGCCCUUGCCAUGGGUCCCACUAUGACGCAUCUGGCAGGAUCCGGAAGGGACCUGCACCUCUCAACCUUGAGGUUCCCUCCUAUGAGUUCACCAGUGACGACAUAGUGGUUGUUGGCUAGGACCUGAGCCGAGUCGUAGGCUCUUUCUGUCUCCAUGUCACCUCAGCAGGGUUACUAGAGCAGGUCUUCUGUACUUCAAGUUGUUGAUUUGGAACAUUUAAGCUUUGCUGACAAUGUAUUUGCUAAUGUUAAUGUGAAGUAAAUCGAAUCUAAUGUUGAAUACCUUUGGGCAUUCACCUAAUAAAGCCACUGUUAAGUGUUGUGGGCGUGAAGACUUGAAAGGCGCAGUGUCUUUGACAGUUACUUCCAAUUAAAGUCGCUGGCUGGUGCACAAGA